UGCGUUACUUCGAUAUUACAAGCGUGAUAUUGUAUUUUGUGUCGUUUGAGAUUAUUUAAGUUGUAUCGUUUUGAAAUAUCAUUCAAUAUCGUUGCAAAUAUCACAAUGUCUUUUGCGGGAAAAGUUGUUCUGAUAACAGGGGCUAGUUCAGGAAUUGGAGCUGAAACAGCUAUUCACUUUGCUCAGCUUGGUGCAUCGUUGUCGAUAACAGGACGUAAUAAGCACAAUUUAGACAAGGUAGCCAAGCAAUGUGGACAACCCAAGCCAUUAAUUGUAACGGGAGAUCUAGCCAACGAGAACGAUGUGAAAAAUAUUAUCGACUCGACGAUCAAGCACUAUGGCAAAUUAGAUGUUUUAAUUAAUAAUGCUGGAACUUUGGAAAUUGGUAGUAUAGAGUCUACAAGCUUAGAACAGUACGAUAAUGUUAUGAACGUAAACGUUCGCUCGGUAUUCCAAUUGACAGCACUAGCAGUACCAUAUUUAAUCAAGACGAAAGGCAACAUUGUAAACGUUUCUAGCUUAGCUGGAUUACGAUCAGGAGUAGGUAUUUUGACAUAUUAUAUGAGUAAGGCGGCUCUAGACCAAUUUACGCGUUGCGUUGCUUUAGAAUUGGCAUCACGACAGGUGCGAGUGAAUUCCGUAAAUCCUGGUGCUGUAAUAACAAACAUCUUUCGAAACUGUGGAAUGAGCCAAGAACAACUUAAAACCUUUUUCGAGCAGUUUAAAGGGAUACAUGCUUUAGGAAGAAACGGUGAUGCUUCGGAAAUCGCAAAGGUCAUUAUAUUUCUAGCAAGUGACGAUGCUAGUUUUAUGACAGGGGUGACAUUGCCUGUAGAUGGAGGUGGGCAUGCUAUGCCUCCUAAUAAUCCUUUUAUGUCAUCUGAUUAAACGAAAUUUAAUUGAUAAGAUAG